AUGACCCUCUCGCAAGGUGGUCAGUUAUUGCCCUCCGAGGAGGCGGCCACACCGCUUUACGUUGGACACCACGACACCCAGCGAGACGAAACGUCGCCCAGCGUCUUGCUAGCCCAGGCACAGGAGGCCGGCUACGAUCUGGUGACAUUACCAGUCACCAAUGGAGGCUUCCAGUCGCAUGUUCUCUCGGUCAUAGAGCAAUAUGUCACCUCAUUAACGCGGGCUCCCGAGGCGAAAGGUGUCCCACUGCCGCUUUUGGCGCCACUGGCGCCUGAUCAUACUAAUCUGAGUCCGGGAGAGGGCACAUCUUCCCUUGUCGCUUUCGCAAGCCCGUGGAUCGAUGUGGGCUCCCCGGAUCCAUUGAUUGCUCAUAUUAGUCGGCAAGUGCUCAAUCUUGAAGUUGCGUAUGCAGCCUUCUGUGGCAUUAGCAAUAUUGCUAUUCGCGGACCAUUGAAUCAUGCAAGCAUAUCCCAGUAUGGACGCGCAGUACUCGAGUUGCUUGGAGUCAGCCCGUACCUGCAGAUCCAUUUGUUGCUGCCUGUGAGCGGUGAGCUCGAGCAAGAUAUCAGUGAUGAACACACCCAUCUGGCGGAACUGGUCAGGCCGCAGUAUGUGAAAGGAACCGAGAUGGAUGAGGAUGACCCAAAUGAGUACAAUAGCUGGGACGUGUGGAAUACGAUCCGCUCGAUGUGUAAUUACAACUCAAAGCUCUCAAUCGCGCUUGAGUUGCCACGCCAGCUGCCACCACUGUCGUUGCAGUCACGCUGGUUUUCGGAGCCUGUUCGAAUGCUCUCCUUGCCACGGACCAGCUUCAUCCGUAAUGGCAAAGGCUAUCCCGUUUUGUCAAAUGCCCUCCAACAGUAUCUAAGCCGCUUUCUCCGUCUACGCUUCGCGCCAUUGUUGCUGCUAAGCAAUGUGGCACACUUAUCUACAGCUGGAGACGGUGCAGCAAGCCAGUCACGGAUUAUGAAUCCAACACCCGCGGAGGCCGCCACGCAGCCUGCAGGUCAAGAGGAUCGUACUCUCCAUCUGCAAUAUAUGCGUCACUUGCAGCAGACCCAGCCCUUACGAUCACCAAUCGAACGUUUUGGACAGGGCUACCAAGACUACAUGCAGUCUCCACUACAGCCGCUGACGGAUAAUCUCGAGUCCAUCACUUACGAGGUCUUCGAGAAAGACCCAAUCAAGUAUGAAUGGUACGAGCGUGCCAUUGCAUUGGCGUUGAAAGAUCUGGAUGCACGCUUCGGCAACCAAAGGGCCGUUAUUGUGGCCGUUGUGGGUGCCGGCAGAGGGCCGCUGGUGACACGAGUGCUGCAAGCAAGCCAGAAGACAGGCGUUGCUGUUGACUGCUGGGCAGUGGAGAAGAAUCCAAACGCCUAUGUUCUGCUCCAGAAACGCAACAGAAGUGACCCGCUUUGGAACAAUCAAGUCAAUCUCGCCAAGUCUGACAUGCGAAGCUGGUCCGGCCCGCCUGGGCUGGCCGGUCGGACAAACACAGUAGACAUCCUUGUUUCAGAGCUGCUCGGUUCCUUUGGAGAUAAUGAGCUCUCGCCAGAGUGCUUGGACGGCGUACAACACGUUCUUCACCCAGUCCAUGGCAUCAGUAUCCCGCAAAGCUAUAGCGCGCAUUUAACUCCUAUCGCCACUCCAAAACUGCAUGCGGACUUGCUCAGUCGCAGUUCACUGGAUGUCACCAGUGACAAGUGGGAGCUGCCAUACGUCGUCAUGCUGCACCAGUACGAUUACCUCGCUGUCAGUCCCGAGACAGCUGAAGAGCAGCACGGCCCAGAUGUGCAGGAAGCAUGGUCCUUCGCACACCCUGCACCCGCCACUUUACUGGUACAAGCCCAGAAGCGUGCGGGCGGCAUGAUCGAUGCGGGCGGCGGUGUUGGCGGUGAUGGUACGAACGAGCACAAUAGUCGGUCAUGCCAACUCCGCUUUAAAUGCGACAACCGCGGCUUCUGUCACGGUCUGGCCGGCUACUUCGAAACGGUGCUUUACCACAGCUCCUCCACGGGGCAGAAAGUCGAGCUGUCCACCAAUCCGGUGACGAUGGCGGAGAAGAGCAAAGACAUGAUCAGUUGGUUCCCGAUCUUCUUCCCAUUCAGGACGCCGCUGUAUGUGCCUGAUGGCGCGGAGCUGGAGGUGAGUAUGUGGCGGCAGACGGACGAUCGGAAGGUUUGGUAUGAAUGGAUGGCUGAAGUGCAUGAAGAAGCGAACGGUAAGAGAAGAGGACUGGGGAUGUCGGAACUGCACACGAGCCGCAAGAAUGGAUGCUUGAUGUGA